AUGACCCGCCACCUCGAUGACCGCUACCUCUGGCUCGGCUUCUCCCUCUUCUUCCUCACCGCCGCCUACGGCAUCCACUACGCCUUCACCGACAUCCUCCACCUCACCCAAAUCGACCCACCCUCCACCUCACCCGAACGCUCACCAGAUGAAAUCCUAGAAGAUUCCAUCGACCUCUCCACCCUGCAAACCCUCGCGACAUCCCCCCACCACAACAUCGCCGAGUCCGCCAUCAGCAUCAUCGUCGCCCGCUUUGUCCGGUCCGAAGAUGCUCGGAACGAGUUGAGGACGGAUUUGAAGUCAAAGGAUCCGGAAACGGUGCGGCGGGCGAGGAUUGCGACAAGGUUUUUGAGCGAGCACCCUGUCAGCGCUUAUGCGGAUGCGGGGUCGGCGUUUGCAAGGUUGAUGGAGGGUGUGCGGAGGAGGGGUGGGUGGUGGACGGAUGGAUUGGAAGAGGAGGGGGCGGCGGAGACGAGAUGGAGGCGGAGGGAGGUUAUGGUGUUGCAUGAGGGUGGCGGUGAGGUGGGUGAAGACGCCAUUAUAAGGCCAGUAUGA